AUGGCGGCCCCUCGCGAUGCGCCCAAGCCUCAAAUCGACCGACAAACCACCACACCAUUCCACCUGAAGCUCUUCUAUCGCAUGAACAGCUUCCAUCACCUGGGCGAUUUCGCGCCCCCGUCGGCACCAUCUUCGUACGGCGGCCCUGUCAGCGGCCCCAAUGCCAUCCGCACUCGAACUCCUCCCCCGCAGGCUGCUCUUCCUGCCCACCUCCAAAUCUACACAUGGCAAUCCUGCACGCUCCGUGAGCUCUCUCAGCUCCUCACCUCCGCUCUGCCGUCUCUCCUUCCUGACCCGGCCGUCGGCACCAGGCUGUGUUUCCGACUGAUCUACCCGGAUACCAAGGCGGCGGCUACAAUGGGCCCCGACGCGCGAGGCCGCUACGUAAGUAAGGAAAUGGGCAGUGUGGUCGUAGGUCCAAGUGAUAGUCCCUAUCGAGAUGAACAGGAGGAAAGAACGAAAAAGAAUGGCGCAGGCCCGCGCAAUCUUCGACUACAGGGGAAUGAUGCCGACAAGACGUUGCAAGAAAUGCGAUUCGUGAUUGGGGAUUACAUCGAUUGUGCGAUUCUUCCACCGUUGGAGGACGGGUCUGUAGCACCGCCGCCGACGACCGGUCGAGGGCCGAUGAGCUCAACGAUCGGGGGCGGCAUGAGGGCGUUCCGAGAGCCUGGGUUCGGUGGCCGACCGGGUCGUGGAGGACGAGGUGGUGGUGGAGGUGAUCGAGGAAUGCCGAUGGGGGAUUGGAAACGAGGAGAAAGGCUCCCUGAGGGAGGACGAAGGGGUUGGGCACCGUACUAG